GUACAGGUCCAGACGGUCAGUGCCUUUGUGUUGUUGUCUCAGCUCAAAGCCCACACAUCUCUCACAUACUGCGUUUGAAUCCUCGGACAGGAGCUGCUUUCUCUCCAAUCAUGGUGCUGGAUAAGGGGGAAAACUACACCAACCUGCAGGAUUUCACUGAGGAGGCCAAGGCCAGGGGGCAGCAGGAGUCUGCAAUGGGGAGCUCUGAAGCACUCAGCGAGCCAGUUCUGCCCUAUCUGAAGUCUUCCCGGGCAGGCUGUUCCAGAUACACUAUCCUGCUGCUCACAAUCCUGGGCUGCCUGUCGCUGGCCAUCAACAUCGCACUGGGAGUGAUCUUGUACAGGAACGCUGGUCAGAGCUGUAAGUCUGUGCGGCUGGGUAAUGCCAACACUGAGCUGAGAAAAUUCUCGGAUUGCACCAGCGAAAAGAGUCAGCCGCAGCAGAAUUACUCCGACCUCCUGGGGCACUACAGCAAACUGUGCACACUCUACACAUCUUUGAACUCACAGUGUCCGGGGUUAGAGGAAGCAGGUAAGGUGUGCCUCCCCUGCCCUGAGAAGUGGAUCCAGCACCAGAAGACAUGCUUCUUUUUCUCAUCGGACCGUCUGGACUGGGAGGAGAGCAGGGAGAACUGCACAGCGCUGGGGGGUCAGCUGGCUGUGCUGCACACACAGGAGGAGCAUGAUUUCCUGGAGAAGGCAGCGAAAGAGAUCACAGGGACCUGGGACUUUCACUACUGGAUUGGACUGAGUGACAAGGAAGAGGAGGGAGACUGGAGAUGGGUCGAUGGAACUGCAAUCAACAAAACGUAUUGGAACACUGACCUGAACGAGCCCAAUAACCAUGCUGAGGGCUCUCUGGAGGGGGAGGACUGUGCGGUGCUCAACUCCAACUCGCGCUCUUGGUUCGACGUGCCGUGUGGAUACCGGUACAAGUGGAUCUGCCAAUCCCGCGCUGUCACCAUCCACCUGUGACCUACAGCACCGACACAAACUAACUGACAGGGACCCUGCAAACCAUCUGCACUGUCCUCGAGUUCAGCAUCUCACCUGGAGAGAGAACCAGGGCAUCUUUAAAAUCCACUUUCUUACCUCUCAGUAGCACCAGCAAUAUGAGCACUGCUCCCUCUUUCAAGGAGCACUAACCAAAGUAUUUCUUAGCUGUUACUGGCUCUAUUCCCAAAGACCCAUGAGGUUUUUUUUUUAAGAAUGUAUUUUUAAAAUCUUUUAUUAUGUAAAACAAAAAUCAUAUUUUUAAUUUGUUUUUAUUUCUGAAAUUGUUCUGGGCUACUGAUGGUUUUGUUAUCAACAGCAAAUAACCGUUUCCUAACCUUGAUUUUAUUCACCACAGUUUUCAUUGUCUUUUCUCGUGCAUCAUGCCUGCAUGGCGAUCCUGUUUUGGUGUAUUUUCUGUCUCUUUGUAAAAGCUGUUCUCUCUGUGUGUUGGGUGUAAAAUGGUUAUCCUGUCUUGUUGUCCUGCUGAAAGUUGAAUAAAACAUUCAACUGAA